UUCCAUUUUCUUCGUUUAUUUUUAAAUCCGAUGAUAUAGAAAGAUGAAAAAUGACUUACUUUUUGUGCCGAGCUCAAUGCAUAAAUUUGAUAUAAAUGUAAAACGUCUUUUGAGAUUAUAAAUCAAGAUGGCUGCGCCCAGAGUAUUGGUGUUAGAGUCAGAAGCCGACGUAUCAUCUAAGCUUUGUGACCUUGUUAUAGAGAAAGCAAACUCAGCUAUUGAAAGAGAUGGGAAAUUUACGGUUGGAUUAUCGGGAGGGAGCAUGGCCAAGUUUCUGUGCAAUGGUUUACCCAGCAGGACAACAGACUGGAGUAAAUGGAGAGUGUUUUUCUGUGAUGAGAGACAUGUACCAUUCACAGAUCCAGAAUGUACAUACACCAUCUACAAAUCAAAGUUAGUGGACAAUGGAGGACCACUUCCAGGGGAAAACAUCUUCCCAAUCAACCCUGAUCUCUCUGUGGAGGAAGCAGCCCAGGCUUACAAGGAGAAGAUCCUGGAGGUGUUUGGAGGAGUGGACCUCCCAAAAUUCCAUCUGCUGUUGCUAGGAAUGGGACCAGAUGGACACACCUGCUCCUUGUUCCCUGGGCAUCCUCUUCUUAAGGUAACUAAGGAUAUAAUUUCUCCCAUCAGUGAUUCCCCGAAACCUCCUCCUAAAAGAGUGACCAUGACCUUUCCAAUGAUCAAUAACUGUGAAUGUGCCAUAUUCGCCUCUUGUGGGGGAGGCAAGGCGGAGAUUGUAAAGAGGGUGCUGGAGUCGGACGGCGGGGAACCACUGCCUGCCGCCAGGGUCAAACCCACCCAAGGAGAACUGAUCUGGAUUUUGGACAAAGCUGCCGCCUCUCAACUCAAAGCCCAGUCCAACAUCUAAGUGGAUUGUCUUUCUUCUGGAAGUCCACUUAAGUAUAUAGUGCUCUCAAUUAACUUGCAAAAUUCAAUAUAUAUGUCUCUAUCAAAAAUGAAAAAGGUUUCCUGGGGCAAUUACUGGUAUGCAUAUUUUGAUGACUUUCAGUUUUUUUCAGUACAAGAGCAUUCCAUGCAUUUAUGGACAGUGUUUUGUACAUGUGAAUACUAACUGUUUUUUUUACAGUCAUGUACAUGAGGUAUCUACAGUUUAUGAUUAUAAUUUGUGUUUAAUGUAUAAUUUUGUAUUUAAAGAAAAGAGCAAAGAAACUGAAAAUCUUAAUAUAUCUAUUUUUAUCAUCUGUUACUUUAUUUUUACAUGUAUACAAUAUGCAUUGAGUAAACUGUCUAAUCUUUACAUUCAUGUAUUUCAUAAGCAGAGUACCGGUAUAUUCUAUAAACUUUUCUUAUCUCACUCUCUGUUUUUGGAAAAUGCAUUCAAAAUGUAUCUUAUUUAUACA